AUGAACCCACCGCCAGCAAACCCCGCCGUGAACGUACCCGGUGCCUUUCCGCCCGCGUCCUCACCGUCCAGCACGGCCCCGCCCACCUCUGCAGCCGUGCAGCAUUUCGCCGUUCGGCUUCCCCUCGUUUGGCCUCAGAACCCAGCUGUGUGGUUUUUGCAGGUAGUCGAUAUCCUGUCGGUUCCUCCAGCGAACGCUCCCUUCGAGGCCCUGAAGACUGCCAUCCUGGAGCGCACUACAGCGUCGGAGCGUAAGCGCCUCCAACAGCUUCUGACCGCCGAAGAGCUUGGUGAUCGCCGCCCGAGUCAACUCCUUCGCGACAUGCAAAAUCUCCUUGCCGAUCGCGCGGCGACCUUUGAUCCCAACCUCUUAAAGGAGCUGUUCCUGAGCCGCCUGCCCGCGAACGUGCAAAUGAUUUUGGCCACGGCCACCACCCUCCCUCUGCAAGACCUGGCCGCUGACGCGGACAAGAUAAUGGAGGUCUCCCCUCCGCAAGUCGCUGCAGUUCUUGCUGCCGCCUCCUUCUCCCACGCAGUUGCGUCAGGACCAGCCACUUGCGCCGCCAUUACUGACACCCAUCCUUCGAACCUCACGGGUAGAACAGCUGACCGUGCAGUCCCGCAACGACACCCGGCGGCGAGGAUCGAGGUCCCCACGGCGUCGUUACAACAGUCGUCCCCGUUCUCCCACACCUACGCCACAACAGCCAUCCCGUCUCUGCCGUUACCAUCGUCGUUUUGGCUCCAACGCCCGGCACUGCAUUCUUCCUUGCUCCUGGGCGGAAAACUCCGGCGGAGACCGCUAGUGGCUGCGGCAGUCUCCGGCAAUCCAGGCAGCCGACUUUACUUGGUGGUGGACCAGGCAUCCCACACCAAAUUCCUGGUCGAUACGGACGCCGAAGUUAGCGUGCUCCCUGCCUCUGCCCUCGACAAAAAGCGCCCCCCGCUCUUUCAUCUCACUGCCGUCAACAAUACCGGAAUUCCCGUGUACACGCAGCGCUCCCUCACACUAAACCUAGGACUGCGACGAAACUUCCCAUGGUUAUUUUUGGUGGCCGCCGUCGACAGAGCCAUUUUGGGAGCAGAUUUUCUCCAUCAUUUCCGCCUCACCGUCGACGUCGCUCGCAAGAGACUCGUGGACACGUCCACCUCGCUCUCCGUUCCAGCAGCCUCGGCUAGCGACCUUCCCCCUCCGAGCAGCCCAACCAUGUCUGCACUUAUGUCGCCUUAUGCGGCCAUCCUGUGCGACUUUCCUAGUCUCACUCGUGCACCGGACUGGACGAAGCCUGUGACUCAUGAUGUCGUGCACUAUAUCAACACCACUGGUGCACCAGUCUUCGCUCGGCCGCGUCGCUUGGCGCCUGAAAAGCUCAAGAUAGCUCGCGCGGAGUUCGACCACAUGCUCUCCAUUGGUGUCGCCCGUCCCUCUUCUAGCAACUGGUCAUCCGCACUUCACAUGGUGCCUAAGAAGACGGGGGACUGGCGCCAAUGUGGCGACUUUCGCGCAUUAAACCUGGUCACAACACCCGACCGGUAUCCCCUCCCCAGGCUUCAAGAUUUCACCAGCAACCUGCACGGCGCCAAAAUCUUCAGCAAAAUAGAUAUAAUGAAAGCUUACCACCAGAUUCCCGUCGCUCCAGAGGACAUCAUCAAGACAGCUAUUACGACACCGUUUGGACUGUUUGAGUUUCCGCGCAUGCCAUUCGGCUUACGAAAUGCGGCUCAAACGUUCCAACGUUUCAUCAAUUGCGUCGUCCGAGGGCUUCCUUUUGUUUUUGCUUAUAUAGACGGUAUUUUGGUGGCAAGCUCCUCACCUCAAGAACACGAACGCCACCUUCGCCUACUUUUCCAGCGCCUGGCUGACCACGGCAUCGUCGUGAACGUGGCAAAGUGUGAAUUCGGUGUCGCCUCCACUGAGUUCUUAGGCCACCGAGUCACUUCUGAAGGCAUUGCCCCCCUGGAAGGCAAGGUCGAGGCCAUAACCAACUUCCCCCGUCCUGAGUCCCUCCGACAACUGCGCCGCUUUCUCGGCCUUAUAAAUUUUUACCGACGUUUUAUCCUGCACUGUGCAGAGACCCUACGUCCUCUUGAAGAACUGCUCGCCGGCGGGAAAUCUAACACCAUCUCCUUUACCGUGGACCCCGAUCACUGA